AUGAUUGACCUCCCACUCUUGCUCUUCCUAGAGCCUGACAUCUCUCUACGAAAUGUAUGCGAAAGAGAGGGAUGCAAGGGAGAAAGCAGCGGAAAGAAAACUGAGGGAUGCAAUCGAAUUGGCUGCAUCUCACUACGACAGAGCGACUUGAAUGGAGAAGAUUCGAUCACGCAAGAGGAGCGGAGGAAAAUAAAUGCAGACUAUCGCAGCGAUGACACCCAUUUGGACACCACGUGUCGAGGUAGAGCGUUCCUUAAUUUUAGGAUAAAUGUCGAGUUGACGGAAGAAGAUCGCAAGUUCGCCAUCGACUCCGUGGCAGUGCACAACACGUACAGGGUGAAACAUGGAGUCUCCCCUCUCAAACUCGACGAGAAUAUGUGGAAGGAGGCGAAGGAAUGGGUCAGACGCAUGAACGAUUCGGAAGAAAUCAUGCAUCUGCAGGGCGGAAAAUACGGGGUAAACGUCUACUGCGCAAAAUACACGGUUGGGAACUUCACAAUCAGCUCCCAUGCCUUCGUUGAGAGGUGGUACUCCGAGAUCGAACAACAUCGAUACGACCAUGAACCUACCGGUAAACUGUCAACUGCGGCCUUCGACGAGCAGUGCACCCGAGACGAUGAAUGCGACCCGCGGGCGACCAUGGGCUCGGUGAACUCGGUGAACCUUUUGGGGAGUGGACCGGAGCAGGCGGUGUGCAAGGAAGGAAUUUGCACGUGCAAUGAAGAGAAGUGGUUCUUCCCGCUGCUUCAGAAGUGCGUUCCGGGGUCGGAAAUCGAUGACAAGUGCGACAAGGACACGCCUUGCAUACCCGACGAAGCGAUGGAGUGCAGCACCGAAGGGAAGUGUCGGUGCAAGGACGGCUUCGAGGACCAAAAGCAUUGUUCUGGGGCGAGCGAGAUCACAGGUACGGUCUACCUCCUUCUCACCUCUUUCUUCCCACACGUCUGGUUCUCAUGA